CUGGUUUAGUUUGUGUUAUGAAAGCACGAGUGUCACGUUGUAUUCAGUGAGAAUCGGGGUUGCAAGGAAUGUAAACAGAGCAACCCGGAAGUGUAUUUUUGUGAGCGAGAAGUCAUUCAUAUUAAUCUGAACUGUUCAGGUUCUUGGGUUUGAGACUGGUCGCCUUUUUAGCUGGAGAUGGUUGUGAAUUCUAUCCACUGGUUCAGGAAGGGGCUUCGGCUACAUGACAACCCGGCCCUUCAAGCGGCCAUUCGUGACGCCGACACGGUCCGUUGUGUCUACUUGUUAGAUCCGUGCUUUGCUGGCUCUUCGACGGUGGGCAUUAACCGAUGGAGGUUUCUUCUGCAGUCCCUGGAAGAUUUGGAUAAUAGCCUGAGGAAAUUUGCGUCAAGGCUUUUUGUGGUUCGUGGACAGCCCACUGAUAUCUUUCCCAAGUUGUUCAAGAAAUGGAAUAUUACACGACUGACAUUUGAGUAUGAUUCUGAACCAUUUGGGAAGGAGAGAGAUGCCGCGAUCAUGAAACUGGCGAAGAAGGCAGGAGUGGAAGUGAUUAUGAAGAAUUCCCACACACUCUAUGACCUUAAUAAAAUAAUAGAGUUAAAUGGAAACUCUCCUCCUCUUACGUAUAAACGUUUUCAGACCAUCAUAAGCAAGAUGGCGCUACCAAAAAAGCCAGUAGAAACAGUGACACCAGAGCAGAUGGAAAGAUGUAGGACAAAUAUUUCUGAGAACCAUAAUGAGAAGUAUGGGGUGCCAUCUCUUGAGGAACUAGGAUUUUCAGCCAGAAAUGCCCCACCAGUGAUGUGGCAUGGUGGUGAAAGUGAGGCACUGUCGAGGCUGGAUAAGCACCUAGAGAGAAAGGCUUGGGUUGCGAACUAUGAAAAACCAAGAAUGAAUGCAAACUCUCUGCUAGCAAGUCCAACAGGGCUAAGCCCAUACCUACGUUUUGGCUGUUUAUCCUGUCGGCUGUUCUUCUACAGAUUACUGGAACUUUAUAAGACCGUAAAGAAAAAUGGCACACCACCCAUUUCUCUGUAUGGACAGUUGUUUUGGCGUGAGUUCUUCUACACAGCAGCCACAAACAAUGCUCGAUUUGAUCGCAUGGAACGGAAUCCAAUCUGUGUGCAAAUACCAUGGGACAGAAACCCUGAAGCUUUGGCAAAGUGGGCAGAAGGGAAGACAGGGUACCCCUGGAUUGAUGCAGUCAUGACUCAGCUUAGACAAGAAGGGUGGAUCCAUCAUCUGGCCAGGCAUGCAGUGGCAUGUUUUUUGACACGUGGGGACCUCUGGAUCAGUUGGGAGAGUGGCAUGAAGGUGUUUGAUGAGCUUCUUUUGGAUGCUGAUUUCAGUGUCAAUGCAGGCAGCUGGAUGUGGUUGUCGUGCAGUGCCUUUUUUCAGCAGUUCUUCCACUGCUAUUGCCCCGUGGGCUUUGGUCGGAGGAUGGAUCCCAGUGGAGAUUACAUCAGGAGAUAUCUACCACACCUAAAAAAUUACCCAACCAAGUACAUUUUUGAGCCCUGGACAGCCCCUGAGUCUGUUCAGAAUGAAGCCAGAUGCAUUGUGGGUGUCCACUAUCCUUGUCCAAUGGUGAAUCAUGGAGAGGCCAGCAGGCUAAAUGUGGAGAGAAUGAAACAGAUAUACCAGCAGCUGUCACACUACCAAGGCUUGUGCUUACUUGCAUCAGUUCCAGCCUGCGCUGAAGACGUGGCUGUUCCUUUGGCAGAAGCUUGUGGCAGUCAUUGUAAUAUGACUACACCAUUAAAUGACAGCACAUCUUCAAAGAGGAGGAGGGAGAGUUCCUCCAGUUUAGAAACAGAGGAUGAAGAAUUAGAAAGGACCAAAUCCAAGUAUCUGUGUAUUUCAGAGUGAGCCAGCUGGGAGAGAAGAAAGAUGGAUUCCUGUCUUCAGAACUGAAAAUUACAACAGAUAACAGUGAUUACAUGUUUACAUGCCUUUCAAGUUACACUACCAAGUUGGGCUGUGAUGUAGAACAGUAACAUUGUGUCCGUUUCUUCCUCUUCUUCCUUCGCCUACAGGAGUUGACUUUGCCACAUGACAGAAUACACUGAUUUAGGGAAGUUGCUGUGGAAAAGAGGAACAAAGUAACUACUUUGAAUAUCUUUUGAAAUGACUAAAAUGUCAGCAUUACUGGAUUAUAUAUCAUGACUCCAUCACAGACUGUAGGCACUGCAAUGCUGACAGUAUUUGUUUGCUGGUUUGCUGUCUAGAGGCCAAACCUGUGUCUUGAAUUCAUAAUUUCACUUGUUUCUAAAUGACUGAGAACUCUGUAGAACCUGGACUUCCUAAAACCUAAGGUUCCAUUUUAAGUUUUUUUGUGGUACAAACAUGUUCUCUUCUGACCUAAGUAAAUGAAAUCUACGUACUUUUAGCUGAGAGUAAUAACCAGUAGGCUUCCUGGUCUGGGAGUGGGGGUGCACUCAGAUUAGAUGAUGAUUUUAUUUUCUCCAUUCACAAGAUACAUGUUUUGCAAUCAGUUGCAGACAGAAACUGGUGAUUAGUCUUUAUCUGACAGAAAAAAAACGAGCUUUUAUAUCCUCAAACCACUAGUGAUUCUUAACUCAGCAGUACAACUAAGGAUUAUGGUUAUCCUGCUGGUGGGCUAAGUUUGAAUUCUGUAACUUCAACUACCCGAGCUUCAACUCACCAGUGAUCAUAGUUCCUCCUUAGGAAAUCAUUCUUGGCAAGUUGUGCCAAUAAUGAUUCCCAUUUUGGGGGAAUUUCCUCCUUCUCUUAGUUGGUGCAGCUGUAGAAUUGGUAUUUAUAAGGUUGAGUAGGGCUUGCCCUCUGCAAAACCACUUAGUGUUUUUCAGCAAGACGUUUUCAGUGAAUGCAUUUCAGGGAUUGGAGUCCUCUGUGCAUUCACUUUCAUUCACUUAUAGUGGAAGCAAUGAUUAUUAUUUUCUGGUUUAGUCAAUCAAGCUUCUUAUGGUCAUCUAAAAGAAAAACAGUAGAGAUUAAGAAUCUCUAUAUUAGAGAGAGGUAAGAAAUGUUCCCAUUUACAACUGUUGAUGUUCAUUCCUGGAAGACUUUGAAUUCCAGGAAGCUAUUAGCCCAGCCCAAUGUGUUUCUGUGGGAUAAGGAAUUGAACAUCAAAGGAAUUCUAUCUUCUCCCCUAUUUUGAUGGUGUGGGGAUACUCUGUCACCAUGAUUAUGUUAUAGUGAUCAGCUAGACAUCUGUUGCACUGAAGUUAAGGGAUUCUGUAUACUGCAGACAAAAGAAAGUGCUUGCCUUUCCUGAGUCAUCACAGAUCUGGGCCAAACAGUAGAGAAUACAAUGGAGGUAAAAAGGGAGUAGUGAUGAAACAGUUAACAGGUCUUUUUUGUAGAGCCAAAGAAUUGGUUUACUAGGCCAUGUGGAAGAGUGUGCAUAUAUGUGUGUGAGAGAGAGAGACUGGUUAUAUCCGUUUUAUGUAACAUCAUUGUUCUUUGGGUUGUAGCCGUCCUUCAGAAAGUCUUAGAAUGGACCCCCCCCCCCUCAGUCCUGUAGCAGUAACUCUAAUCGUGUGGUGGCAAUAUACUAUGUAGACAUCUAUAUAUAGAGUUAUAUGAACAGCUGCUACCUAGGGGUUAUAUCUGCACCACAUAAAGAGUCGACUUAGAAGUGUAAUGUUUCAGAGUAAAUGAUUUCAUCGUAUAGUUUCUUUGUUACUCAUGUUUCCUCUGUGUUUUAUUGUGGAAAACUGGUGGGUCUAUGUCAAAUACUUGAACUGUCACAUUUAGACCUCAUCUCAACAAUAAUGCAGUCCAUUGCACCGCCCCCACACCCGGCUAAUUGUAUAUACCAACUCCGAGAUCACACUACAGUGAAGAAAAGGGCAAUUUUCCUGAUCUCUACCAUAAAGUAAUCUCAGUCAGAACGGUUAGAAGGAUUGCAUUGUUGAUGAGAUGGUACGUUAGACAAUGUGGCCAUUUGAUUGUUUGCUAUAGACCUUGGGGUCUACCUUGCACUGGUAGGUGCACUUCAACAGUGGUGUUCCAUUAUCAACAGAGGGUUCCGUGGAGUUUGUUGGUCUGCUAAUGUUGCCAGGAGAUAGGGGGGUAUAUAUUACUGUAGAAUAUUACCAUUAGCUAAACCCCCCCCCCCAAAAAAAAAGGAAAUAAAAGCCAUUGUGCUUUGAUCCUAUAAAACAGUGGCACAUAAGUGUGGGUUACAAAUACCUGAUGCUGGUUCACACGGGUGCCUUUACGUAAACAGCACUACUGCUUGCUCCCUCUACUGCUUUACUAGCUCAGUGGCUCCUAAUCUUAGAAAAGAAUAUUAGGAGUGGGGUUAGGUAAUUUAACUCGUGCUGUUUUGCAGUAUGUAUCAUUUGCUAGUCACUGCAUUUGUACUGGGAAUGUAAUUUAAUUAACCUGGGUCACUGAUGGUGCACGUCCACUACAAAUGAUAUUCUUCCUGUAUAAAAACCGAGUUGGUCCACAUCUAGAACAAAUUUGUUUUUCCUGUCACUGGCUUUUAAAGUUAGGUUUUGUACUGCAGCUUCAAAUCCUUCUACUCUGUGACCUUGAGCAAAUCAAUAGCCCUGCCUUUGCUUCUUUCCUUUCUUGCUUUAAUGGAGUAAGCAUUAACUUAUUUUGAUGUUAUACCUAAACUAUGCUGCUUAGUAGUAGUGUAAUGCACAGUUCAGUGGGCACAUUUGAUAAUAUUAGAGCCCUCCAUAUUUGUAGUGUGCACUGACUUGGGGCUGAGAGCUGACUAUGCCUGUUGGUAGAAACUGAAACCUACAGAAAAGUGUCAUUCAGGUUAGACCUCUUAAUGACCAGCAUUGACUUUUACAUUUCAACAUUGAUUGUGAUGAAGAACUAGCUACAGGCUCUUUCAAAAGUACUUUCUCAAGUGUGUUCCCCUGGGCUUCAGCCUUCAUUAAGCUGCUCAGUUUGUUACUGUUUAUCUUGUGAAGUUUAGAAGCUUCAUGUAACUCAUUUUGGGUAUGAAGCUCAUCAUGACGCACCCUUUAUAUCAUGCCUUUGUUGUCCUCUUUCCCUGCUUGAUAGCUCUGUAUGUCUUUGAUAGAAGGAGGUGGUAAUUAUUAUGCUGGAAGCAAAUUCAGGCUUUGUUUUCCUGUAUUUUGUCCACAAUUCUGCAGCUUAGAACUCAACUUUGUCUUUUCCUUCUGCAGUUUAGGAUUUAGUUUGGCACUUUCCUCACUGCCAAUAUUUCUAUAUCUGCUCUGUUAUCAACUAUAUUUUCCAUACACAGAGGCACACAAUUCUGUAAUACUGUGUUAUGCAGUACUGGCACUUUUCAUCUUGGUCCGCAUCUUUUGUUUUCUCAUAUUUUUGCUCACUCGCUGAAGUUUCUUUCAAUUAUGUUUCUGUUUGUUUUCUGUGAACAAUUCUUUGACUUCUCGUUCUUAUCCUUUUUACAUUUGAAUACAGGGCAGUAAGGGAAUGAAAGGGGAGAAUUCAAAUACAGUCGUGAAAGUAUCAGAUAGAGAAAACUGUAAAGCAGUUAAGACAAGAAGAGUCUAUGUUAGAAGAAUAUAGAAGAGGAAACAGAUCAAUGAAA